AUGACUGAAAUUCAAUUGCAAGAAUUUAAAUUAGAACCCGACUCAGAACUCCGUUUCGAGGUUGAAUCUAAAAAUGAAAAAGUUGUUUUGGAGGUUAAAAGCGGCUAUGCAGAAUUAUUUGGUACGGAGCUGGUCAAGGGAAAACCUUACGAAUUCCAUACGGGAGCCAAAGUGGCUGUAUUUACGUGGCAUGGUUGCACAGUUGAACUAAGAGGUCGUACUGAAGUCAGUUAUAUUGCUAAAGAAACACCAAUGGUAGUUUACCUAAAUGUGCAUGCAGCUUUAGAACAACAAAGAGUAGCUGCAGAGCAAGAGAAUACAAGAGGACCUGUCACGAUGGUUGUUGGGCCAGGAGAUGUGGGGAAGUCCACCUUAACCAAAAUUCUUCUCAAUUAUGCAGUAAGAAUGGGCAGAAGACCUAUAUUUGUUGAUUUAGAUGUUGGACAAGGGCAUAUAAGUGUACCUGGGACUAUUGGUGCAUUAUUAGUUGAAAGACCUGCAUCUAUAGAGGAAGGUUUUAGUCAACAAGCACCAUUGGUGUACCAUUUUGGACACAAGUCCCCUGGAGAUAAUCUUGAAUUAUACAACACAAUAGUGUCCAGGCUAGCAGAGGUUGUUGCUGAAAGGUGUGAAAAUAAUAAAAAAGCGUCAACAUCAGGUGUAAUAAUCAAUACUUGUGGUUGGAUUAAGGGAGCUGGGUACAAAGUACUGACACACGCUGCUCAGGCGUUCGAAGUCGAUGUGAUAUUAGUAUUAGAUAACGAGAGGUUAUACAAUGAGUUGAAGAGGGAUAUGCCAAAGUUCGUCAAAGUUGUGUAUUUGCCUAAAAGUGGAGGGGUUGUGGAACGCUCAUCUACACAGCGAGCAGAAGCCCGAGACGCGCGCAUACGAGAAUAUUUCUAUGGGAAACGCACACCUUACUACCCACACUCGUUUGAUGUCAAGUUUUCGGAUUUAAAAAUAUACAAGGUGGGCGCGCCGUCGCUGCCCGACUCGUGCAUGCCGCUGGGCAUGCGCGCGGCGGACGCGCUCACCAAGCUGGUGGGCGUGUGGGCCACGCCCGCGCUGGCGCACCGCCUGCUGGCCGUCUCCUUCGCGGCCGCCGCCGACGACCACGUGCUGCACUGCAACCUCGCCGGCUUCGUCUGCGUGACUGCAGUCGACAUGGAGCGACAGACCCUCACCAUCCUGUCUCCACAGCCGAGGCCGCUGCCUAACACAGUGCUACUGCUGUCCGAGCUGCAGUACAUGGACAAUCAU